ACACUCACCAAGCAUAUGAUUCUCCAGCGAUGCGCAAUCUCAAGAUUGUGGGAAGAUCGCUCCUGCGAUUUGCCGGAGAGGAGCCCCUUCCACUCACAGCCACUGCCUGGGACGCUGCAUCCAAUGCACUGAUAUGCGCUUUUGGCCCCUCGGAAUCACGUGCGACUAUCGAACUGAAAAGACUACACCACACACGCGCGAGUGGUCAGGAAAAACUUGAGAACAUUGCGUCGUGGGAUGCGCCCUGUCCAUUGCCCUCGCUUACCCAUGACGCAAUCUUGAGUCUACACCAUUUUUCUGACACUUCAACAUCGUGUCUAAUCUUAGCCGGCGGGGAUAUUGUGCUAGUUAGAGAAAACCCGUCGUCGAAUGAAGAGCUAGUUGAGAUUGUGGGUUCAGUGGACAUAGGCAUCUCUGCCGCUGCUUGGUCGCCAGAUGAGGAACUCCUCGCUAUUACCACUCAGGCGGAUACGCUACUGCUAAUGAGUCGUGAUAUCGAAAACAUAGCCAGCGUCAACUUGACACCCGAAGACGUCAACGUAUCCAGUCAUGUCUCAGUAGGAUGGGGAAAGAGAGAGACACAGUUCAAAGGCAAACGAGCUAGAGCACUCCAGGACCCAACAGUGCCAGAGACCAUCGAUGAGGGCGUACUGAGUCCGCUUGACGAUCGAUCUGUCACCAUCAGCUGGAGAGGAGACGGUGCUUGGUUCGCUGUCAGCAAAGUUGAGGAGGAGACACGUCGCAUGAUUCGAGUAUAUUCCCGAGAAGGAACGCUGGAUAGUGUGAGCGAGCCUGUUGACGGCUUGGAAGGAGCUCUCAGUUGGAGACCAUCUGGGAACCUGAUUGCUAGUACCCGACGUACCAGCGACAAGGUCGAAGUGGUCUUUUUUGAGCGCAACGGACUUCGCCAUGGCCAGUUCGAUCUUCGAUUUACUCCUGAAGAGCUUGCAACAAUCGAAAAACCUGUAACACUUGCAUGGAAUAGUGACUCUAACGUUCUAGCCGUUUCGUACACGGACAAAGUUCAGCUAUGGACAAUGAGCAAUUACCACUACUAUCUCAAACAGGAGUUACCAUUCCCAGAAACUGCUCCGAAAAAUGUCAUGUGUAGCUGGCAUGCAGAACGUCCUCUGGCAGUAGCCCUCUCAACUCUAGGUGCUCUUGAGGUGCUGGAAUAUGCAUCUACGACCCCGACUGGCUCGGCUGUACCGCCGAAUGACUUCGGCAUGGUUGCAUCAAUAGAUGGGUUGGUCCUGAAGCUCACCCCGCUGCGCAUUGCAAAUGUUCCUCCUCCAAUGGCAUUCCACAGUUUGUCACUCGAAUCCAAAACCGUCGAUGUUGCAUUGUCAAAAUCAGGCACUCGUUUGGCUGUGCUUUCGCAUCAUGAUCUAUCGGUAUACGCGCUUGAUCUCAACAAGCGGCCAGUACCGAAGCCUGACUUCCUCUGGAAAAGCGAUGCGGUCUCCGGCCAUUGUCCACGCCACGUUACAUUUGUUGGUGAUAAUCAAAUAUUUGUGCUAACAGACAGCUGGGAAGAAGAAGAAAGUUCCCUUUGGCGAUCUGAAGGGGAGACACUAUUACCCCAGGGACCUAUCAUGGAAGCUGAUGGCGCUUCUGCUUUGCUCUCCAGCAUAGACCAUGAGGCACUCUACACCUUGCUUCAGAAUGGUGCGUUGCAUGAGAUCAAUGCCGAUGAAAUGGCGGCGGACUUGCCUCCUCAGACAUCACUUGUGAACAAGUUUCCUGCAUUUGCACCUGAAGUUCAGGUAGUCAAGUUUGAAGGACAGACAUUGACUUUCGGGUUGACCAAGAGCGGAGCCCUGUUCGCCAACGAGCGAAUAUUGGCCCGCAAUUGCACAUCUUUCGUGGUCACGCCUGCACAUCUUAUUUUCACGACAACUCAACAUCUCCUGAAAUUUGUUCACCUUACCAACGUAGAUGAUCUCGAGGUGCCUGCAGAUGAGCCGCAAAAGGACGAGAGAUGCAGAAGCAUCGAGAGAGGCGCGAAGAUCGUUACCGUCAUCCCCACAACAUACUCAGUUAUACUCCAAAUGCCUAGGGGAAAUCUAGAGACAAUAUACCCCCGAGCGCUUGUACUUGCUGCGAUACGGCGGAACAUCGAGGCAGAGCGUUACGACGAAGCAUUCUUCGCAUGCCGCAGCCAGCGUGUGGACUUGAACAUCCUCCAUGACCAUGACCCUGAGCGUUUUCUUGCAAGUCUUGAGAGGAUCAUCACACAGAUUAAAAAGGUUGAGCACAUUGACCUGCUCUUAGCUCAGCUCCGGAAUGAGGAUGUCUCAGAAACCAUGUACAAGGAAACUCUUAAAACAAAGGACCUUGCAGUAAAGUCGCGACUUUCGCAAGAACAAGUGGAGAAAAAGGUCAACCGAAUUUGUGAUGCAUUCCUUGCCGUAUUGGAACAGCCUCAAUAUAAGGAUGCUCAUCUGCAAAAUAUCAUCACAGCUCAUGUUUCCAAGACGCCUCCGGCACUUGAGACAGGGCUCCAGAUGAUAGGGCGUCUGCAAGAAUCGAACGAUUCUUUAACUGACAAAGCCGCUGAGCAUAUCUGUUUCCUUGCAGAUGUCAAUCAGCUCUAUGACACAUCAUUAGGAUUGUAUAAUCUCGAGCUUGCAUUGCUCAUCGCUCAGCAGUCACAAAAGGAUCCUCGAGAAUAUCUUCCACAUCUACAAUCCCUGCAAGACCUGCCCGAGACACGCCGAAAGUUCAGAAUUGAUGACCAACUUGGACGCCGAACGAAGGCACUCAAAAAUCUUAAUGACCUCCAAGCGUUUGACGAAGUUCGGGAAUAUGUGCAAAAGCAUGAUCUCUACUCGGAAGCACUGAGUAUGUACCAAUACGACAACGCCCGUCUCCGAGAGAUUAUGCGCAUGUAUGCAGACUUCUUGCGUGCGAAAAACAAGAACAAGGAGGCUGCGAUAGCAUAUGAGUACUUGGGUGACCAUUCGUCGGCAUGGCCAUGUUAUCGAUCGGCCAACCUUUGGCGCGAAGCGCUAUCAAGUGCGGUGCUGGCUGAAGUCAGUGCUGACGAGCUCUCAUCCAUUGCAACAGAUUUGGCAGAAGGUUUCUCGGAAUCAAAGGACUAUCUCGCCGCAGCAACGAUCACAUUGGAUUAUCUGUCGGAUCCUUCUUCUGCAGCUCGACUAUUCUGCCGUGGCUGCUACUUCGCUGAAGCUAUCCGUAUAGUCACACUACGCCGCGAACCCAAUCUUAUUACCGAAGUCAUCGACCCGGGUCUUGUGGAGCGUAGUGCAGACAUGACGGAGUUCCUUGCUGAUAUGAAGGGUCAACUCCAAGCACAGGUGCCUCGACUCAAGGAGCUGAGGACCAAGAAGGCAGAAGAUCCAAUGGCUUUCUACGAGGGCAUGAUGGACGGUGGUGCCGACGCCAAUAUUCCCGACAAUAUCUCACUCGCUCCGACCGACACUACCUCUGGUGGAACGUUUAUGACAAGGUACACGAAUCAGACCGGUACGGUCAACACAACGACUACGCGCAAGACUAGUAAGAACAAGCGUCGUGAAGAGAGGAAGCGUGCUCGUGGUAAGAAGGGUACCGUGUACGAGGAAGAGUAUCUUACGAACUCUAUCGAACGCCUGAUUGAGCGCAUCAACAGUAUGCAAGACGAGAUUCAGCGUCUUGUGGAGGGUCUCAUCAGGCGCGGUAUGAGAGAGCGCGCGGACGCUGUGUCGAAUGCUGUCAGUGAGGUUAUGGAGAAGUGUCAGGACGCUGUUAAGGAGAUGUACCCACCCGCGACAGACACAGCACCUGUUGAGAAUGGUGUUGCUGCUGAAGCUGAAGCUGGUGUGCUGAGGCCGACUGGUGGCGAUGCGACAUUGUGGGAUAGUCUGCAGGAGGUGGGCAAGAAGCGCGAGGCGCCUGUCGUGAAGUCUUUUGAGCGGUUGAGUCUCCUUGGCUAGAUGGUGUGGGCGAGUCGUGAAGGAUCGGUGCAGUAGAAUAUGAUACAGUGAUAGUAAACUUGUAGAGAGUGGUGCCGACAAGACAACAAACACAUGUGUGCUGUAGUAUGAAGUCACCUCACUAUCAACCUUCCACUAGACAGCAGACAUCACGAUCAAGAAAAACACACAUUUUUCAUCACCAC